AUGCGCUUGAUCGAGCUCAGAUUCAUACCGUGCUGUCUGGCAGCCACGUCCACAGGUUCCGCGACCGGCGAUUCGCUCUUUCGUGCUAAUCUCCGAGAUUUGCGGAUCACCACGUCGUCCUCCGUAUCGGAAGCUGCUCUUUUACCACGCGAGCUAUCGUCGUCUCCACUCACCGACUCUCGGUCGUCGUUGUUGAAUUUCGAGUCCUGCUCCUGCACGGGACUUUGGUUAGGUGUGGGCAGCAGCGAGUCUUGCGAUUGGUUGUAUUUCUCCACCUCGUACUCGAGUUUCUUCAAAGCAUCAAAUUCCAUCCACUUGAAUGCAGGAAUCGAUUUGCAACCAAGACAGAUAAUCUCCUCUGCUUCCUCUUCAACACUCAUUCUGCUCUUGCGAGUGGUGGAAUUCACAGACUUGCAUUCCUCGCGUGCUCGUUGCCGCUCUUUCCAAUACUUCUCAGAGUCCACCACGUCCAAUGUCUGA